GCUCGGCUUCUGACGCCGCGCAAUCCGUCCCUCCGUCCACCAUCCAUCCGCCUUCCACACCAAUGUUCCCUCCUGGCCUUUGCCACAUCCCUAACCAUACGAUGAUGAGAUGAACGACGACGCCGCCUCCGGCCCCAGCACCAACAGCAAAGCCCGCGAGUCCCCCCGCCCCAGCAACCUCCGCUUCCAACGCCGCACCUCCGAGCGUGCCUUUUACGAGACAACCUACCGAGACAACACCAACAGCCCCAUGGACUACCCCGGUGCUGGCUCUUCCCCAUGGGCCAACUCGCCGGAAGCGGGGAGGAACAGUUUCAGCAACGAUGUGCCUACACAUGACCUGCCCGAUUCCGCAUACCAGGCAGCAGCUGCUGCCAGCGGGCCGGCUACGAAUGGAGAGCACCAGGAUGAGCAGCGCUUCUCUCAUCAAAGAUCUGGCAGUGGUUGGGCAUCUGAAUCGCCCCAGCAGCAGCAGCAGCAGCAGCAGCAGCAGCAUCAUCCCCAUCAUCCUCAUCACCCCCAACCCCAUCAUCCGCAUCAGCCUCCUCCCCAAUGGCAACAGCCGCAACACCAGCAGCAAUACGAGUCGCAGCCACGGCCAGAGCACCAUGGAGCACCAGUGCCGGGUGAAGAGCAGAGAAGGCCUCAAUCCGCACGAUACCAUUCUGCGGGGCAACAGAGACCGCAGAUCCAAUACAAGCUGCAGGCAAAGAUCACGGGGUUGGAGAGAAGCGGGAAGAAAGAUCCGAUCAUGAAGUUUGAUGUCUACACCAAUCUUCCCAAAUUCCGGACUACUCAAUUUCGAGACGUUCGUAGGACACAUUCCGAGUUCCAAAAGCUGGCGUCGCAUCUCACAGCGUCUAACCCCGAGACCUUUGUCCCUGCAGUGCCUCCUGCUUCCACGAGUGCGGGCAUGGGCACGGACGAAGACGAGGCUCGCACCAAAGCGCACUUGCAGCGAUGGCUGAACGUUGUGUGCAGUAAUGACGUCUUGAUGCGCGACGAGGAAAUGGUGUUUUUUGUCGAGUCCGACUUUGGCUAUAGCCCUGUUGUGCGCAAGCGUCAGCCUGCCACCGGCGUACGGCGAAAGGUGUUGAAGCAGUUUGCGCCGCCACCCGACGAUUCGCCGGAACUGCUGGAAAGCCGGCCUAUUGUGAAGGCUUUCUAUCUCGCUUCCAUGGACGGUCAGCAGAAGCUCGAUCGUGUGGUCAAGAACCGGCGUGCUCUCGGCCUGGCGGAGUCGGAUCUUGGGAUGAAGCUUGCCGCUCUCACGGCGCAAGAAACUCAAUCGGGCUUGGCCAACGCGUAUCGAAAACUGGGCAGAGUGAUUCAGAACACCGGCGACUUUCACGCCGCGCAAGGCACCGCCGAGGCUACAACACUAUCCGACCCGCUAGCAUACCACAGCGCUGACGCUUUCAUUGUCAAAGAAACGCUCACCAACCGCCACAUUCUCCUCCGAGAGCUGCUUCAGGCGCAGCAAGCCACGCGCUCCAAGCUCAACGCAGCCGACCGUCUCCGAGCAUCGUCCAGCGUGAAGCGCGACAAAGUGGACGAAGCAAUUUCUGCCCUGGACGAAGCGCGCUCGCACGAGGCUUAUCUUCAACAAAAGACUCAACGCGUGACCGCCAAUCUUCUCGUCGACAAGAACAAGUGGUUCGCGCGCACAUCCGCAGACUUGCGCGUGAGCAUCCGCGAGUACGUGCUCCGACAAAUCGAGGCUGAGCGCCGCACCCUAGCCACACUCGAACAAGUCCGUCCCGAAGUCCGCAACAUCGAUGCCUCGGGAGGAUUGUCGAGACUCGGGCGCGAAGCCCACCCCAUCGCUCGCCGCUCUAGUCUGGCGUCAAGCCAGGGGCCGAAAGGCGACGCGUGGAGCGGAGUCCCCCGGCGUGCAGACGGUCUCAACCGCAGUAUCUCCGGUAGCAUUGUGACUGUCUCCGGCGUGCCUGGUUCUGUGCCGGAGGAUGUGGAGAGUGGAGAGCAGACUGGCGACGCUACGGGUAGGAAGCGUGCGGUCAGCCAGUCGAGCAGUCUAGGCCGGGUGGAGGAAGAGGAUGAUGUCGACCGGGUGGAUGCUAGGAACGCUGCUUCGAGGUUGGCGCAGACGACUUUUUAGGGGGGAUCGUUCACGUAGUUGAAGGAAAUGGGAUG